AUGGGGAGCCAAGGGACGAACAAACGUAGGCGUCAAAGGCAACUGCUGAAAUCCCGUAGCCUGGUGGAGACCUCGAAGAAGAUGUUCGAUCCUGGCCUUUGCUCGUGGAGAGACGUGUACAAGGCGAUUCCGAAUCGCGGGCAGGGAGACUGUGGGCCCUUGUCGGUGGUAUUUCUCGCCUCACACAGAGGUGAAAUGGAUGCCCACACAGCGCAAUGUGUGCUGUCGACACAAAGUAAGGAACUGGCGGACUUUAUCCUCCUUUGUCGGGAGCUCAUCAUAGAGUACCAACCAGCUACAGGAGAGGGGGGGCCUUCUUCGUAA